AGUACAAGGAUGUAACCCUAAUAGAGUCAAACUAAGAAACAAGAUAAAAACCUAAUUACACAAUAUCUAUACAAAAAGAAAAGAAAUAUAAUCCUAAUAAACUAAGAAAUAAAUAUUCUAAUUAAGCUAGGAUCUCUCUAACACAAAACACUAACACCUUUGCUUGCUCUAACCCUUUCCUAUUCUUAUCUUUCAACUCUGAAAUCCCUUCAGUCCACACGAGAUACACAGCUGCAAAAAAUGGUAGUGACAAGCUCCAAAGGCAGUGAAGCUGCUGGCGUUGGAUCCAACUAUGACCGGACAAGUGAAUUAAAGGCCUUAGAUGACUCAAAAGCUGGAGUUAAGGGACUUGUAGAUGCUGGUUUGGCUAAAAUCCCAAGAAUUUUCAUUCAUGACCCAACAAAGAUCAUCAAGAACGAACCAAUUAGCCCCAAUGAGGGCUCCGGGUUCGGCAUCCCAGUCAUAAGCUUAGAAGGCAUCGCCAAAGACGCAGGUCAACGUGCCCAGGUCAUUAACCAAGUUAGACAAGCUUCUGAGAAGUGGGGGUUUUUCCAGGUGGUCAACCAUGAGAUUCCAGUCCAGGAUCUGGAGGAGAUGAUUGAUGGAAUAAGAAGGUUUCAUGAGCAAGAGCAAGCAGUGAAGGAGGAGAUUUAUUCGCGCGAUUAUACCAAGAAGGUUUUGUAUAAUACCAAUUUUGAUCUUUAUCAUGCACCAGCUGCUAACUGGAGGGAUACCUUGUCUUGUGUUUUGGCUCCUCAGGCUCCCAACCUUGAAGAAUUACCUUCAAUCUGCAGGGAUAUAGUGUUUAAUUACUCGGAGAAAGUAAAGAGUUUAGGGGCCACUUUGUUUGAAUUGUUGUCUGAAGUGCUUGGGCUAAAACCCAACCACCUAAAGGACUUGGGCUGUGCUGAGGGACUAUUUUUUCUGGGUCAUUACUACCCAGCAUGUCCUGAACCAGAAUUGACGAUGGGCACAAGUCAACAUUCUGAUAGUAGCUUCCUCACAGUUCUCCUACAAGACCAAAUUGGUGGCCUCCAAGUCCUCCAUGAAAAUCAGUGGGUGGAUGUUAAACCAAUUCAUGGAGCUCUAGUCAUUAAUCUUGGAGACAUGUUGCAGCUAAUCUCAAACGACAAGUUCAUAAGUGUGAAUCACAGAGUCUUGGCCAAAAAUGUAGGUCCAAGAAUUUCUGUGGCAUGUUUUUUCAGACAGCAUCUUCCACCGGAAAAUUCUUCAAGACUGUAUGGACCAAUCAAGGAGUUGUUAUCAGAAGAAAAUCCUCCAAUUUAUCGGGAAACCACGGUGAAAGAUUUUGUUGCGCAUUACUACACGAAAGGGCUGAACGGGGUCCCUGCACUGGAAUAUUUUAAGAUAUGAAGCUAGGCCAUGGAUAUAUAUGUAGGGUCUAACUAGGUUUAUGCAGCAAUGAAUCUAUAUAUGCUCUUGUUAAAAAGGAAAGCAAUAAAUUUUUCUUUUCGAUCAGAAUAUUAUAGUCCGUGUGAUAACCAUUUUAAUUUUA